AUGGAGGCAGCCACAGGACAAGAGGUUGAGCUGUGUCUGGAGCGCAUUGAGCGGGCCAAAGCUCAGAAGAGAACAUUCCUCCGACAGUCUCUUGAGGCUCAUUUGAUCUCACUUUAUUUUGACACUAAGAGGUACCAGGAGGCUUUGCAGUUGGGCUCCCAGUUACUCCAGGAGCUCAAGGAGAUGCAUGAUAAAGCUUUACUUGCGGAAGUCCAGCUGCUUGAGAGUAAAAUUUAUCAUGCACUCAGUAACUUGCCCAAGGCCAGAGCUUCCCUUACCUCUGCCAGAAUCACAGCCAAUGCCAUCCAAUGUGCACCCAAACUCCAGGGGGCUUUGGACAUGCAGUCAGGCAUUAUCCAUGCUGCUGAAGAGAAGGAUUGGAAAACAGCUUAUUCUUACUUCUUUGAGGCUUUUAAAGGAUAUGAUUCCAUCGACAGCCCCAGUGCCAUAACUGCGCUGAAAUACUUGCUUCUCUGCAAAAUAAUGCUAAACUUGCCAGAGGAAGUCCAAGACUUGAUCAGUGGCAAAUUGGCCUUGCGUUACGCCGGGAGACAGACAGAUGCGCUAAAGUGUGUAGCGCAAGCCAGCAAGAACAGGUCAUUAGCAGAUUUUGAAAAGGCGCUGAAAGAGUACACAAAAGAGCUGAGAGAUGAUCCCAUCAUCAGCACACACCUGGCCAAACUCUAUGACAACCUGCUGGAGCAGAACGUUAUCCGGGUCAUCGAGCCCUUCUCCAGAGUACAGAUAACACACAUAUCAGAUCUCAUCAAACUCUCAAAGGGUGAUGUUGAGAGAAAGUUGUCAAAAAUGAUCCUGGACAAGAAGUUUCAUGGCAUCCUCGACCAAGUUGAGGGAGUCCUGAUCAUAUUUGAGGAUCCUGUUGAUAAGACCUACGAGGCAGCCAUUGGAACUAUCCAGAACAUGAGCAAAGUUGUGGACUCACUGUACAACAAAGCUAAGAAGUUAACAUAGAACAAACACAAAGGAUGCUGCUCUGCAGAGUGGAUGUGUGUGAGUGUAUGUCUGCAUCUGUGUGGCCAACAUGUGGAAACUUUUUUUUUUGUCAAGGCGAGAAGGGACAAUGUAGAGUAAGAAUCACAAAUUUCAACGGGAUUCACUUGUUCCAACUGAGUUUUUAACUCCUCUUUCAAUGGACAAUUUCAUCCUUCUCUUCUUAAUUUUGAUGUUUUUUCCUCCUCGAUGUAUCUCUCAUCAGCCAACAUGGCCAUCAGGGAAUAUUGUACAACUACAAUAAAGUCUCAUAAAGUCA